AUGGACGGGGGGAUUUUGCUGGUGUGUUCGUAUGGUUUAGUAAAUGUUAUUAUUCGGUUGCAUCAGGAUUCGUCAUUCGUGAAGAUUGUUGAUGAUAUUUGUGAGAAGUUCGAUGGAUUGGUACCAGGUGCGGUGUGUUUGUUUUUUGAUUUUCCCCAGUAUAAGAAGUUUAAGGUGGAUAGUGACGACGAUAUUCAAAACAUGUUGUGCCUUGCUAAGUCGUUUGGGAUAAAUCACAUUGAGGUCCUCAUUCAAGAAAGUAGUGUUGGUGUGGAGGGUAAUUGUGGUGUGUUGGAUUCCACGGAUGAUGGGGGAAUUUCACGAGAUGUUAGUCGAAAUGGGUGCAUGGAUAAACAGAUGAACUUGUUACCAACAUACUGUCCGAACAAAUCGAAGAUGUUUUUGUCGGCGCCAUGGGCGUAUGGUAUUACCCAUGUAGGACAAUGUUUCGAUGGUGGAGCAACUAAAUUCCGUGAAGUUCUGUGUAACUAUGUUGUUGAACGUGGAUUUCAAUUCAAGUACAUUAAAAAUGACUUUGUUCGAAUUACAGUAGUGUGUAAGUUUGCAGCGUCAACAGAUUGUUCGUGGUCAGUUCAUGCGAGGAUGUUACCGUCAAGUGGGGUGUUAUGUGUUAAGAGCUUUGAUAGUGUGCAUACUUGUGGGGUUGUUGUACCUAGUUGUAGGAACCCUCGUACGGGGUCUGAUUUGGUGUCUACUGAUGUUGUGUUUGAUUUGAAAAACGAGUAUGGUUUGGACAUUAGUUACCGGGUGGCAUGGUAUUUCAUAUCAUUCCGCGCUUGUAUAGAUGGGUUCAAUCAUUGUCGUCCUCUUCUAUUUUUGGAUGGAACGUUUUUGAAAGGUAGAUUUAAAGGUAAUUUGCUUGCAGCUACUGCUAAAAAGGCCAAUCAAGGAUUGUUUCCGGUAGCUUUUGCUAUUGUUGAUUCCGAGAAUUCAACCAAUUGGGAAUGGGGACGACGGUAUGGGGAGAUGUGCUCAAACGCUACUGAAUCUUUCAACAAUUGGGUCGGCGAGGCCCGGCGUCUUCCUAUCACUAGAUUGGUCGAUAUGAUAAGGGGUCAAAUAAUGGAGCAGAUGUCGGAUCGCCAAGUUAAAUGCACUAAAUGGGCCAGUGUAAUUUGCCUGAAAAUGGAGAAAAAAUUGGUGGCAGUGUAUAAUGACAGCAGGGCCUGGUGUGUGAGCCAAGCUAAUGAUGAUGUGUACGAGGUUCACUCCCAUCCAUCGGUGUUGGUUGAUGUCGUCAAGUAG